GCAAACAUCGUAACCAAACUAUUGCUCCCUACGCACGCAACACGAAAGGUGAAAACGUAAAAUCGCAUAAAAGUUGUGAAAGGAUAGCAGAAGGGAACGCGAAUAUUUUUCCCCACCCCCACUAAUAGGUCAGUCUGAACACGUGCUUUUAAUACGACAACAUCAACAGAAACGCGCGCAAAAGAGAGAACACAAUAACAACUGCCAUUUCCAGUUGGUAACAUAAAACCUGAACGACAAAAAAGAGUAUAAGCCAAGAAGUUGUGUAAGCCGCGAUUCGAUUUCAGUUUAGUCGCAAUCGUUGCCCGGCUCGGUUACGCUCUCUUUCUCUCCAAUCUCCGCUGAAGCGCUCGCUUUGCAAAGGCCACAAUCUGGACGCUCGCACGAUCGCCUAUCGACCGCUGAACCUAGGCGGGCAGCCGCUUAUGGCUGCCGAACUGCCAACGUCGACGCCGAAUGGCGCUGGUAGCGAGUAUCACCUGCACCGAUCCAUCGACCAGCUGCGCACGCUCAGCCACCUCACCCAGCAGCAGCUGGUCCACGACUACAAGCCCUUCAACAUCAACGAGUUCCGCCAGAACGUUGAGCGUUUGGACUACUCGCGCAAGAACGGGCUGGUGCAGCAGCAGCAAAUAUUGAUUGACCAGCAGCAGCAGCAGCAGCAGCAACAGCAACAGCAACAGCAACAGCAGCAUCAGCAAUCGCAUCAGCAUGAUUCCGAGCAGCAGCAGCAGCAGCAGCAACAACAACAGCAGCAGCUGCUCCAUCAGCCGCAGCUAAAGGGCAACUACAGUGCUCCAAGCUCGCCGGCAACGCCUACUAAGCUCAGCGAACACCAGGAGCAAAAGUACGAUCCGAGUCGUCCGCCCUCUCGGCAGCAAGGUGGCAGCAAUGGCAGCAACGGCUCAUCGCCCGAGGAUCAGCGCCAGGGCGGGGAGCAGACGAAGCCGUACAAGUGCGCCUCGUGCAGUAAAUCCUUCGCCAACUCAUCCUAUUUGUCGCAGCACACGCGCAUCCAUCUGGGCAUCAAGCCCUACCGCUGCGAGAUCUGCCAGCGCAAGUUCACGCAGCUGUCGCACCUGCAGCAGCACAUACGCACGCAUACGGGCGACAAGCCGUACAAAUGCCGGCACACUGGCUGCCCGAAGGCCUUCUCGCAGCUCUCGAAUCUGCAGUCGCAUUCGCGCUGCCAUCAGACGGACAAGCCGUUCAAAUGCAACUCGUGCUACAAGUGCUUCGGCGACGAGGUGACGCUGCUCGAGCACAUACCCAAGCACAAGGACUCGAAGCAUCUGAAGACGCACAUUUGCCAGCUGUGCGGCAAGUCCUACACGCAGGAGACCUAUCUGCAGAAGCAUCUGCAAAAGCACGCCGAGAAGGCCGAGAAGCAGCAGCAGCGGCACACGACGCCGGCCGCCAAUCUACAGCAGCAUGUGCCAGCGGGCGGCAUUGGGCUGAAUCUGCAGAGGCAGGCGAUGAACGACGCUAAUGCCGCGUAUUGGGCCAAAAUGGGCGUUGAUAGCGCCGCCGCCACGCUGGCCGAGGCCAUACAGCAGCAGCUGCCGCAAGCCAAUGGCAGUUCGUAUGCCAACUUUGCGACACUUCAGCAUCAGCAGCAGCAACAACAGCAGCAGCAGCAGGAACUGCUGCAGCAGCAUCAUCAACGCCUGGCCAAUAGCGGCGGGGAUACGCCAGGGCACUCGCAAAGCCCGCAUGACGAGGCUGGCGAGGAUCUGGUGCUGCGCCAGAGCACGCCUCAGCAUCAUAUGCAACAGCAGCAACAGCAGCAGCAUCCACAGCAGCAGCAGCAACAUGCGACGCACGCUCAUUCCCCUGGACCAGGCACCUCGGCCUUCACGCCGCUGAGCGCCACCGUCGCACCACCGCCCUCGCAUCUGCAGCAGCAUCGAGCGCCGCCCGCAGCCACUGCCGCCUACCUGUAUCAGCAGAAYGCAGCCGCUGCUGCUGCCGCCGCCGCCUUUCCUACGCAGCUAAUCUCGCUGCAUCAGAUACGAAACUAUGCGCAUCAGCCGAGCACCGGAAUUUUGGCCAGCGACCAUUUGGCUCUGGGUCUCAGCACCGUGGCCAAGGAAAAGGCCCAAUAGUAUCGGGCGACCGGCCACAAACGGCAGCCGAAAGAGCAGCAGCUACGAUGACAGCGAAAGCAGCUUAAGUUAAGUUAGGGUUAAGUUAGGCUUAGCUUGGGCUGAUUCAGAGGGAGGGACAGCUGUCGAUGCCUGGUUUCCUCUAUGCGUCUCUGAUGAGGCUGCACAGCACGACUAAAAAAAUACAGGCGUCAACUGUGCUGCCCCAUCGUAGACAUAAACAGAUUUAGUAACUCCACACUGCCUCAAGAAUACAAAUAUACCUAUCAAUGUGACAGAUGCAUACAGCAAACCAGGCUUUGACAGCUGUAGACCGCAAGGAAACUACUUGAAGGUUAUUUUUAAAGCAAACUCAGGUUUUUCACUUAGCUUCUAGAACACACUAUAUAUACAUAAUUGAACUAUAAGCAAUAUUUACAAGCAAGAUUGAGGAAACGAGAUCACAAAACUCUAUUCAACUCGAAAUUUCUAUUGUUUCCAGUUGCAAACAGUUUUUUGUCCAUGAUAGAGAUAGUCCGUAAGCCUGUACAACAACAACCUAUAAUAUAUAGAGUAGAUCAUAGGUGCCGUACAAAGUACUGCGAUAGUUAUACAUCCAC